AUGGGUCCUCCCCCCCCCCCCCCCCCCCCGGGGGGGAGGGGGGACCUUUUCUGGAAAACCCUCCGAACCACCCAAGGGGGCCGGCCGAACCACGCCUGCUACUACCCCACCGGCGACGGGGAGCAGAUCUUCCAGCUCUACUUCCCCGCAGACACGCCGGACGACGCGUGGGGCGCCCUGUCCGCCGAUGAGGGGCUGCGGCAGUGCUCCGAGCUGGCCGCCAAGCUGGAGGGGGACGGGUGGGACGCGUCCUUCGUCGAGCCGCUCCGCUCCGCCGAGAACGUGAUCCGGGUCGGCCUCUUUGCGCGGGAGCCGCUCGACGCGUGGGCGACGCCGUCCGGGCGCGUGAUCCUGCUCGGAGACGCUGCGCACCCGCCGGUGCCCUACAUCGGGCAGGGGGCGAUGAUGGCGAUGGAAGACGUCGGGGUGUUGGCGAGGCUGCUCAAGCACCACUGCCGCGUCGGCGCCGCCGCCUUCGACCCUUCCGACGCCAGCCUGAGUGCCGCAGCAGCCUCGUACCAAGCGCUGCGCAUCCCGCGCGUGCGGACGAUCCUCGGCUCAUCCCACACGCUCGGCAAGACGCAGCAGGUCGCCGACCUGAUCACGGCUGCCGGCGCCUCGGCGCCGGCCGACGCCGUGUUCGGCGGCAGGUUCGCGACGGGCGAGACGCCCCGCUCGACGACCUCCGCCUCCGAGGCGGACGAGGGCGACGGCGUCGGCGGCGAUGGCGGGACCAACAUGCACUUCGACCUGUUCGAGCCGGACCGCACCCCCAUGGAGGACCUCUGA